UUUGCUGUAUAAUAAAUGUUUUCAAUAAUCUGAUUGGUUAAAAUGUCUUCUACUCAAAUAACUAUGUAAAUAAAAAUAGCUAGUCAUAAAUGUACGAAUAUUUUCACAUAAUUAGAGUGAUAAAUUCUCAAUUUCUGCAGAGAACAUUACACUGACAAUAGAAUGGAGAAAUUUGUUAACCAUCUUAUGGUAUACUUUUUCCUUGUUUUUGCAACAGUAUUAUUAGAAGUCAGUGAAGGAUACAAUGAGGAAGCAUUAUAUAAUGUCAGGCCUAGUGUGCCUUAUAAACGUUGGUCGCCUGUGAAAGAAUUUCAUUAUGGUGAACCAGUCGAAAUUAAAAGGAGUCUACCCAGUAAACGUUGGUCCCCUGUCAAAGAGUAUCAUUACGAUGGACCAAUUGAAGUAAAAAGAGGAAUGUAUCGUCACCUUAAACGCUGGUCCCCUGUCAAAGAGUUUCAUUAUGGUGAACCAAUUGAGAUAUAAUAGUGAACGUCAUAUUAUCGAACAGAUUCAUUAUUAUUCCCUCUAUGAAUUCUGGUUCCCAGUAAUUCUUCAAACAUCAUAAUCACACUACAAUAAGUGUACAAAGAUUUCUUUUGCAAUUAAAGUUUUCAAAUGAAUGUGCGUCUAAAACUUUUCUUGAUUUAUUCUUUUAUUAAUAAUUCCAAAGAAUCUAA